CCGUUUUCAAAUUAUAUUGUUGUGAAUUUUCACAGAUGGAUAGGUUAACAGAGCAAUGUAAGAAUGAAGAGUAAUAGAGGAGUGAGAUUCAGCACCUUCGACAUCGAAACAAAGUGGAGUAACGAAACUCAAGGAGUGAACAGUUAUGGAACCUGUUCCACGUUUCUCUUGAAAUAUCAGUGUGGAGACCAUGUCACCUUAAGGAUAUAUGGCAACCAUUUCCUCUGGUUGCUUAAAACGGGCAAAGGAGCAACUGCAUUCACAUUUUAAUUGUGCCCUGUCUCUAAAAUAUAUUAUCUCCGUGACACAAUAUUCUCUCGAUCAAAGUAUGGCAUAUCAAUGUUCUAAUACAUCUUAGAACGACAUUCAGUUAAAAAAAGGCACG